UUUUGUUUUCCCACUAUAAAAAUGGUUCUUCCAACAUUAUUAUCUGCACCUACACCUACAUCAGGAGAAAUUAAAAGUGUGUGUGUGUUUUGUGGUGCUGGCGACGGCGGUGAUCCUAUUUAUGCACAAGAAGCUUUCGAACUCGGCAAAAUGCUGGCUUCAAACAAUAUUCGUAUGGUGUAUGGAGGUGGAUCGAUUGGUUUGAUGGGUGCAGUGGCAAAGGGUACCAUCGAGAAUGGAGGAAAGACACUUGGUAUUGUACCUGAACCACUCUUUAAACAUGGUAGUGCUCAAUUAGGUGAGACUGUCAUUGUUCCUGAUAUGCACACACGUAAGAAGCGUAUGGCCGAAGAGAGUGAUGCAUUUGUGGUACUACCUGGUGGAUUUGGUACGAUGGAAGAAAUGUUGGAAAUGAUCACUUGGUCUCAGUUAAAUAUUCACUCCAAGCCAAUCCUCUUGUUAAAUACCAAGGGAUAUUACAAGCUGUUUGUGGAUUGGAUCCAACUUUCUGUACAAGAACAAUUCAUCAAGACUAAGAAUGCAGAUAUCUUUGUCACUUGUGAUACCACCAAGGAUGUCUUAAACUUACUCCAAACCUAUCAAGCACCCGAAACACGCUAUGGUCUUGAUUGGACAAAGAAGGACGAAGAAAAUAGACAGUCUUUAAUUUAAAAUAAAAUAAAACAAACAAUACAUCUUUUUUCUUUUCUAAAAA